CUCCCUCCGCGGCGCCUUCACGACAUGCCGGAGGAGGCAAGCUUCCCGCCGGCCAAGAAAUUCCGGCCGUGCUCUGGGCCUUGGAGCCGCGCCGGAUUCUCCCAUCCCGGGACGCGAGUGGUGAUGCUUCUGACUACGGGUGGCGGCGGCGGCGGAGGCCGGAGGCAGCAGCAGCCCCUGGCCCAGCCGUCGGCCAGCCCUUACCGUGAGGCCCUGGAGCGGCAGCGCCGGAGUCUACCCAUCUUCCAGGCGCGGGGGCAGCUGUUGGCCCAGCUCCGAAACCUGGACAGCGCGGUCCUCAUCGGGGAAACUGGCUCGGGGAAGACAACUCAGAUACCCCAGUAUCUCUAUGAAGGGGGGAUUGGCCGCCAGGGCAUCAUCGCAGUGACCCAGCCCCGUCGAGUGGCUGCUAUCUCUCUUGCUACUAGAGUCUCAGAUGAGAAGAGGACUGAACUCGGGAAGCUGGUUGGCUAUACCGUACGCUUUGAGGAUGUCACCUCAGAAGAUACCAGAAUCAAGUUCUUAACAGAUGGCAUGCUUCUUCGUGAAGCAAUAUCAGAUUCCCUGCUUAGGAAGUACAGCUGUGUCAUCUUGGACGAAGCCCAUGAACGAACUAUCCACACGGAUGUGCUCUUUGGAGUAGUGAAAGCUGCACAGAAGAGGCGAAAGGAGCUGGGAAAACUACCUCUCAAAGUGAUCGUGAUGUCAGCUACAAUGGAUGUGGAUCUGUUUUCUCAGUAUUUCAAUGGUGCCCCUGUCCUCUACCUGGAGGGGCGGCAACAUCCCAUCCAGAUUUUCUACACGAAGCAACCUCAGCAUGAUUACCUGCACUCAGCUCUUAUCUCAGUCUUUCAGAUCCACCAGGAAGCCCCUUCUUCUCAAGAUAUCCUGGUGUUCCUUACUGGACAGGAGGAAAUCGAGGCAAUGAGCAAGACCUGCCGAGACAUUGCAAAGCACCUCCCUGAUGGCUGUCCUGCAAUGCUUGUCCUUCCUCUGUAUGCCUCCCUGCCCUAUGCACAGCAGCUCCGAGUCUUCCAAGGGGCCCCAAAGGGCUAUCGCAAAGUGAUCAUUUCAACCAACAUCGCUGAAACCUCCAUAACCAUUACAGGAAUAAAAUAUGUAGUUGACACGGGCAUGGUUAAAGCAAAGAAGUAUAACCCUGACAGUGGUCUUGAGGUGCUGGCUGUGCAGCGGGUGUCAAAGACCCAGGCCUGGCAGCGCACAGGGAGGGCUGGCAGAGAAGACAGUGGUGUCUGCUACCGGCUCUACACCGAGGAAGAGUUUGAGAAGUUUGAAAAGAUGACUGUGCCGGAGAUCCAGAGGUGUAACCUGGCGAGUGUGAUACUUCAGCUCCUAGCAAUGAAAGUCCCAAAUGUGCUCACCUUUGACUUCAUGUCCAAACCAUCUGCAGAUCACAUUCAGGCGGCCAUUACCCAACUGGACCUGUUAGGUGCUCUUGAACACAAGGAUGACCAGCUUACCCUGACUCCAAUUGGGAAAAAGAUGGCAGCAUUUCCUUUAGAGCCCAGAUUUGCCAAAACCAUCCUCCUGUCUUCAAAAUUCCACUGUACAGAAGAGAUUCUGACCAUCGUCUCCCUGCUGUCUGUGGACAGCAUUCUCUACAACCCUCCUGCUCGGCGAGACGAAGUGCAGGGUGUCCGGAGGAAAUUCAUAUCUAGUGAAGGAGAUCACAUCACGCUGCUUAAUAUCUAUCGGACCUUCAAAAACAUAGGUGGAAAUAAGGACUGGUGCAAAGAGAAUUUUGUCAACAGCAAGAAUAUGAUGCUAGUAGCUGAAGUCAGAGCACAGCUGAGGGAACUCUGCUUAAAGAUGUCAAUGCCAAUAAUGUCAUCCCGUGGUGACAUGGAGAGUGUCCGCCGCUGCCUGGCUCACAGCCUGUUCAUGAACACUGCUGAGCUCCAGCCAGAUGGCACCUAUGCCACUACAGACACACACCAGCCGGUGGCCAUCCACCCCUCAUCUGUCCUCUUCCACUGCAAGCCGGCCUGCGUUGUGUAUACUGCACUGCUCUACACCAACAAGUGCUACAUGCGAGACCUCUGUGUGGUGGAUGCUGAGUGGCUCUAUGAGGCUGCCCCUGAGUACUUCCGGAGGAAGCUGAGAACCUCCAGAAACUGAGCUGCCUCAGGAUGCUACCUGCAUGGCUAAGCCUGCAGCUUGUACUGCAGCUAUCCCCAUAGCAGACUCCUAGGUAGCAGCUAGAGAAGCUUCGGGUUUCAAUGCAGCUGUGUUUCCUUGAGUUCCAAGAGCUUGACAGUGAAUGUGCUGACACUCUGCAGACUGAACCAUGGAGACUUCAGUAUCUCACUUCUGAUUCUGGCUGCGUGACUAAAUUAACUUUAGAGACUCAGUUUAUCUGCUAGAGAGGAAUAGUAUUUGGAGAAAAUGAAUGAAAAGUUACCCAGAGAUUUGCAAGAUAGUCAUCUCAUGAAUUGUGAGCCAUUGUGCUGAAUGUUACUGUGUUCUGUGUGAUAACAGUACCUUGAGAUCUUGUGACUAAGAGGGAUUUUCUGGGAGGGGACCAUAGGAAGCUACAGAUCCAGGACAUUGUCCUCAGUUCUGUUUCUUUUUUGCAGUGCUAGCAAUGAAACCUAGGGCCUCAUGCAUGCUUGGCAAAUGCUCUGAGCCAUAUCUCCAGUCUUCAAUUUUAUUUAAUGUCUAAUUCUAUUUUAAAUAGAAAAACAAACAGACUUUUGUUAGAUGUUCUAGGAGGGAGAUACGAUUGUUUCUGACCUCCUGCUAAGCCUCACGUCUCAGGGUGUAGGCCGCUUUUGUCUCGAAGCGGAGAUCAGCAAAGGCCUCCCUUGGUCCUCAGUGCCUCUGUUGUCACAUGCCCCCAGCAGUGCUUUCAGGAGGCAUGCACGAUCUGUACCUUCUGACUCAUGAUAUAUGUAGAAUAUGGGAAGCCAACAUUUUAUAGUGAUGUCCUUCUGAAACCCAGUGGACAUUCAUUCACUGGACACCUGUGAACAUGUGCACAUGAGGGAUGAUUGCAUGAUAUCAGUGAGAAUCCAAAGUUCAUUAGCUUGUCCUCUCUAUCACAUCUGACCAUGAUAUUCUUUGGUUUUACUUCUUUCUUCUUUUUUAAAUUAAUUAAUUUAUUUGAGAGCAACAGACACAGAGAGAAAAACAGAGAGAGAGAGAGAGAAUGGGCGCGCCAGGGCUUCCAGCCUCUGCAA